GAAAUUGCCUUUCAGAGUCAUACCUCCUCAGGGUCAAGGACACGCACCUGGUUGACGAGCUGAAAAUCUUAUUGCUCUAGAAUCUGUUCGAGGUGUCGAAAUUAGCAAUUGUUGUCAUGGCGUCACUUCAUCGUCUGAUUCAUGUUGGGAAGAUCUUGAGUGGAGGAAACUUUUCAAGAUGCUACACCACAGCGCCCACCACCAAGAUGUUUAUUGAUGGACAGAUGGUGGAAUCCAAGACAAAUAAAUGGAUAGAUGUCCACGAUCCGGCAACCAAUGAGGUGGUGACGCGUGUCCCAGAGUGUACCCAGGAUGAGAUGAAGGCUGCUGUGGCAUCGGCCAAAGAGGCGUUUAAGAGCUGGUCACAAACAACCAUCCUCACAAGACAACAGAUCAUGUUCAAGUUCCAGCAGCUCAUCAAGGAUAACUUAAAAAAUAUUGCAGCCAAUAUCACGAAGGAGCAAGGAAAGACUCUGAUGGAUGCUGAGGGCGAUGUCAUGAGGGGGUUACAGGUGGUGGAACACUGCUGUAGUGUGACCAGCCUCCAGCUUGGGGAGACGCUCCAGGGCAUCGCUAAGGACAUGGACACGAUGACGUACAGACUGCCCCUGGGUGUGUGUGCCGGUAUCACCCCUUUCAACUUCCCGGCCAUGAUUCCACUGUGGAUGUUCCCUAUGGCAGCUGUGUGUGGCAACACGUCUAUCGUGAAGCCGUCGGAGCGGGACCCAGGAGCCACCAUGAUGCUGGUGGAGCUUGCAAAGGAGGCUGGGAUGCCACCUGGUGUCAUCAACGUCAUCCACGGCAGACAUGACUCGGUGAACUUCAUCUGUGACCAUCCCGACAUCAAGGCUAUCUCAUUUGUGGGAUCCGACCAAGCAGGUCAGUACAUCUAUGAGAGAGGAUCACGGAACGGCAAACGGGUGCAAUCAAACAUGGGAGCCAAAAACCAUGGAGUGAUUAUGCCUGAUGCCAACAAGGAGAGCACCCUGACUCAGCUUGUGGGUGCAGCGUUCGGGGCGGCAGGACAGAGGUGUAUGGCGCUGUCAACUGCAGUGUUUGUCGGGGAGGCUAGAGAGUGGAUCCCAGAGCUGGUGGAGAGGGCCAGGAAACUCAAGGUCAAUGCUGGUCAUGAACCUGGAGCAGAUUUGGGGCCGCUUAUCUCCCCUGAAGCAAAGAAGCGUGUGGUUGACCUUGUGGAAUCUGGAGUGAAUGAAGGUGCAGAUCUGUUACUUGAUGGUCGUAAUAUUCAAGUAAAGGGCUAUGAAAAGGGAAACUUUGUUGGACCAACUAUCCUUCACAAUGUCAAGCCCAACAUGAAGUGUUACACAGAGGAGAUAUUUGGGCCGGUACUGGUCAGCAUGGAGGUGGACACACUGGACGACGCUAUCAAACUAGUAAACUCAAACCCGUAUGGAAAUGGCACCGCCAUCUUUACAAAUAAUGGCGCCACUGCCAGGAAAUACACCAUGGAGUCUGACGUUGGACAGGUGGGCAUCAACGUCCCUAUUCCCGUCCCCCUCCCAAUGUUCUCCUUCACAGGAUCUCGAGGCUCUUUCCGUGGCGAUACCAACUUCUAUGGCAAACAGGGCAUCCAGUUCUACACCCAGGUGAAGACCAUCACACAACUGUGGAAGUCCGAUGACGCUGGCGUUCAGAAGGGCUCAGCCACCACUAUGCCAGUCAUGAGAUAAAUUGUCUCAACGGGUGCGGGAAAGGUCUACUUGUAUAUAACACAAGACUCAUGUGUUGUGGAUGUCAGUGAUAAACAGUUAAAAUAGAGUUUGAUAUUAUGAACAAAAUAAUAGACUAGGAAGUCCAUUUCAACAAUAAUUCCUGGAUUUCUAGACAAAUGUGAAAAAACAAUAUUGGCUGAUUUGAACACGUCAAGGGUGUUCACAAAGAAAUAACUGUUGUUUAUGAAACUAUGUUUGAUUUUCCCAAAAUUUGUUCAACUUGAGUAGUCAGAAAUUAGAAUGUUAGGUCAGGAGGUAACAUGCUUUUGAUCAAAUCAUAUUUUGUUUUUCUGUUAUUAUUUUUUUACACAUUUUAUGUACAUUAAAGAAAAGAAAUUGGUUUCCCUUGUAUAGGUUUAUUAAGAGUGACAUGAUACUGAUGUUGCUGUACAAAGUGCUUUUUUCAAACGUAUAUGCAAGUUGUCAUUGUACAAGUUCCAUUUUUUUGUCUCAGCACUAGAAAGUUGGGGAAUGUAUCGAGUAAUCAUCUUAACAAGUUUAAGUAUAUUUGAAACACUACACACUUUUACAGAUUUAUAUUUGUUUUCUUAAAGUUGCACUUGCAUUUUACUCAGUAUUAGUGCUAAGACUUGUUCACAGGUACACAUAUAGUCCUCUAUGGGGUGAUGUAAAGGAUAGUGUGUUCACUUGCCAUGCUGAAUAUGUGAGUUUCAUUCUCACAUGGGAACAUGUAAACCCUUUUCUGCCAAAACAUGACAGCCAUUGCCAAAUCAGGGUUUAAACAUUUAUUGAUUUUUCAACAGAAUUAAAAACAAGGUAUGGCGCAGAAAGAUAAUUUUCACAAAUUGUAUUCUUUGUUUGAGAUGACAUAGAUUUCCUAGUGUAUGUUACUACAGUAUGGCUGAUGGUGGCUGGUUAGUGUGUGCUCUGUGACCAAUGGAAGGAAGACUUGGGAAUCUCUGUAAUGACACCAAAUAAAACAUGCUGGAAAUGA